GCACACAUACCCUUCUCCUAUGGAGUGACUGGCUGAUUGCGACUCAGACAUGGACUUCCUAAAUGCCCUAGCCCCUGCAUUUGAAAUGAUACACACGAACGAUACAAUCUUCAUCGACGAAUGCUUUCCUCGUCCAGUCUUCCUCGCUAAACCAUAGCGUUUCAUCGUUAAAAUCUCCCGAACUGGUUGAAGUCUCCAAGUAAAAAUCCAUCUUGUUCGUUUCCGCCAUUCUUGGGUAAUCAAGUGAGGCAUUAGCAACAAGUAUUACUGGUAAUUUCUUUCCUUAAAUAAGAGCUAUUUUAUCUUCUAAGAUCUAUUUUCAUCUGGUUGUAUGUUGUUUCAAUUAUGAUUAUUUUUAACAAGGGUAUUGAGCACAGGUUUGGGCUGGAUAUCUCAAGAUUAUCAUUUUGACUAUUGGUCUCAUGAAUAAGUGAAACCUUUCGUCUUACUAUCUGGACUCUAUCCAUUUGGUCUUUCCUAUUGAAUUUAUUGGAGGAAGAAAUCACUAACAAGUGUUCAUACUAAUAUUAUUUUUUGCAUGCGCACAAACUGUUUGAUACAAUUUCUGAGAGAACUUAUUUAAACUAUUAUGAUUUGAAUGUGUGAUUACAGCCUUACAUGAUGACUAAGUUCAAAUCUGAAAUGAACUAUUUUGAUAAUAUUGUUAAGGUAUUAAACUUGCAUAGCCUCAGCAUUUCAAGGCUACAAAACCCUCAUAUAUUAAACCAACAAUAGAUAUAGUAAAUGAAUAUUGUGAUCAAAGUUUUCUUCAAUUUCAAAAAACGAAUAACUUGUGAAUCUGCUAAACUUUAUUUUUGUUAAUAACUAUUUUCAAAUGUAUUAUCAGUUCAGAUUUUUUUAAGAGAUGACCUAUUUUUUUAAGUUCAGAUCUUAGGAAAGGAUGCACUAUUUGAUUUUGAUGAUGACCGAUGAAUACGGAGUAUAUAAUUGGGUUUAUGAUCCUUUUGAACUUCCAACCAGUGUACUCUCAGGCCAUGUAGUUAAUAUCUGCAUGUUGGAUUGCUUUGUGUAAUUUUGGGCAAUUCCAUUGUAUAUUCCUUUUUUAUGAAUUUGUACUUCAAUUUUUAGGUUUCAUGUUAUAUAUGCAGUAUACUCUUCUUCUUAACUGCCGUAGGCAGCCUUGAAAGCUAUAAUAUUUGAAGGUUCUUAAGUUGCCAAAUUGUUUUUUGUACAUUUGCAAAUUAUCAGGUGUGAGCUCUUUUAUUUGUAUAGGUUCUGACUUGUAAAUAUUCCACUAUCUUGUAAAUGGAAUACUUGUUUUCAAUGGUCUAGCAUAAUCGAUUCCAGUAACAAUAUAAUUUGACUUUACUAAGCUAUGAUUGUCACACUCCUUUUUUCCAAAAGUUUAAUCUUUGAAUAUUUUGACUACUUGUUACUAAUUGAUGCAUGCAUGAUUAUUGUAGGUUAUCCAUAAAUACACUGCAAGAAUUGCAAGUAUAAAAACAUGAGUGAUUUGCAUGUAGAAAGUUCAGGUCAUCAUAUUAUGAAUCUGAUUGUAUUCAAAGUGAAACUUAAUAUUCUAAACAAGAAUCUGUUUUUUCCACAUGAAUAUGUUUUCAAUGUCCCGUUUGGAAAGUUUCACCUUUUUCGGUUUUCUUUUUUUCUUUUCAUUUUUCCGCUAUUUCUUUUCAAGAAAAUCAAAUCUUUUGAGAGUUUGUAAAAUUAGGUACGUCCCCCAGCACAUGGGAGCUAUAGGGUUUACUCACCCAUAUUCCGUAAUCCGUAGGGUUUCUUCAAUCGAACACAAUUCUGAUUAAUUUCCUUUCAGACUCCGAUUUUCAGCGAUUUUGGUUAAAGAAAAUAUAAUUUGGGAUUUUUAUGAGUGUUCAAUGACUGUUAGCAGAUGGACCCGUCUUUUUCUAUUGAACGCGACUCUCCCGUUAGUUAUGAAAAUCUUCAUGUUUAAUGCACUAAGUGUUCUAGGUUUGACCAUUAACCUCAAAAUGUCCUAGGGCUAAAUCAAAUUUGGCUGAGGUGAACUAUGAUGUGGGCAAAACAGCUGCAGGUGAUCAUAAAUGUGAUCAUAAAUGUAACCCUGUUGCACCCGUCAAAACAGGUCAGGUAGACCCUGUUGCCCCUGUUAAUUGUACUACUGCUGUAGCCCCUAAUGAAAGUGUUGACAAUGAUGAUAUACUGGUUAACACCAGUACUGAAAAAUUUUCUGUUAAGGACCCAAUAACAGCCCCUGUAAGUGUGAUCCAGACCCCCCCCCCCCCCUAAAGAUGUUGCCCGGGCAGCUUGUCCCCCUCUUACUGAUGAUAUUUCUCUUAUGAAGCAUGUGAUCACCCAGCUGUCCAACUCCCUGGUGCCUAUGAUGAAAAUCUGAGGCUGCAGCCCCUUUUGAUCGAGAAGCAAACUAUUGUGGCAACUUCAAGGUCUGUAAACAAUGAAGGCCCUUAUGAUAGUUCAAAUGAUACCCAAGUAGUUCAAAUGUUCAAUCUACCAAUCCUGUAGCCACAAUAGCCCCAACAAAUUGUAACAUGAAUUGUGCAACUAUUCUUGAGAAGGAAACGGCUGAUACCUCUGCUCGCCAACGCCACAGUGCCUUCAAACAUGAUGAACCCCCGGUGGCUACCUGUAACAAGGUGGUAACCGGGAAAGUAGCUCAUGAUCUGAUUACGUGUGUCCAAACCAGAAAUGAAGAUCUUCUUUCUGAUCCUAGCACUUCAGAUACUACACCGACCCCAAAACUGUCUUGUGAUGAAAUCAUUUCUGAGGAUAGUCUAUUUUUAACUCUUUCUGUUUCAGGUAAUAAAGUAAUCCCACCUGUCGAUGAGGAAUUCCUGGAAGGCUUUACGCAGGUCAAAAGAAGAAACAACAAUACUGUGAGCUCAAAAAACUCAUCAAACGAAGAUUCGGAACACACACAUGUUUACUUUUAAUUUAUAGUUGAUAUCCAUGAGCUUCCACUCUCCAACUGUCCAACUUGCCACACUUUCAUGUGUGACUAAGACAUAGGACUCUAUUCGUUAUUACACAACAAGAAGAUGGUAUAGAAGUUACAUUAAUGAUUCAGCAUCUGAUUUGAGUGAGAAAGAGAUCAAAAUGGGUAAUAACUAAAGAUACCAAGGUUUUAGCCUUUAUGGGGAGAAUUUCUUUGUCUUACUUUACUUUUAAGAACAACUUCAACUGAGCUAUUGUGUUUGGGAAUAAUUCUUCUCUGCUUUAAUAAUAUAUUCUAAAAAAGUUCUUUUUUUGCAGUGUUGUUGGCUAAUCAACCUGUUGACUUGCUCCUUUUACAUGGUAAGUUCAUUAUCUAAUCACAAGGUGAUAGCUUAGGCUACACUACCUUUAUCUUCUAUUAUAGGUGAUAUCAGCCUAUCAUGCCGUGGCAUUGGGAGAUUCGUGACAUUAAGCUGUCCAACCUAACAUAGUUGCUGAAAAUCAGCCACUUGGAAUGUAUGGGUGAAUUUAUGCCGAGUUUUCUGAUUUAACUUAUGGAAACACUGUGAAGUGGUUGCCUGAAAAUGGUGAGAUGUGUUUGAGGUAGUGUCAUGGUUUUCACCAUAUCCACGGGGGCCAAGCAAAGAGAAUAAUGAUAUCCUUUAGGCCAGAUUAACAUUGCUCCCUCACAUCUCUUUCCGUCUCAAAUGGUAAAACCUGCUUAUCUCUAAUCAAUUUUUUUAUUAUUAUUAUUUUAUAAAUCAAUGCUAACCUAAUUUAUCUCUAUCUUUACUAUUAUUGUUAUGUUAUUGUUGCAUCUGUUCCAAUUCAAUUUUCUUUUAGUAGUGUAUCAUCAUCUCUUGAACUCAUCGUUUUGUACUUUUAGAUGGAUAUUGAAAGUCUACCCUAUUGCUACCUUCUGUGAAAUGCUCUUUCAAAAACAUAUCCUCAGUUUCUGUUGCAGGCCGGGACAGAUAUAAUGGCUCCUACUAAAGAUGCAACUUUGAAAUAAAAGGCUAGAUUGGGAUCAAGAGAUGCAGUGGAUAUAUUGUUAGCUUUAGUCGAUGUGAUCUUUUUGUGUUUUAAGCACAUGUGCCUUUUAUUUUAGGUUGUAUUUUCUUCUUGUUUAUUACUUAUGGCUUUGGGGGUAUGCCCCUAUGAGUCAUGUACACUCACAUUUAUGUGACAAUUUUAGGUAUAAAUAAAAAUGUUUGAAAUAUGAUUGUUUAUUAGCAUC